UAUAGUAGACUGCAGAUUUAGGUUAUGUUAUGAUACUGAUGACUUUAAAACCUGUUUGGUUUUGUACAAUUUAUAUUUGGAGUAGUGACAAGCCCAUUUAAUAUUUGGUGAAGGGUAAAUAAAUGAGAGUUAUCAUUUUGAUCAUAAGCAACUGAUUGUGUCUGAGUCUUGGACUAUCCACUUUAUAAACAUGACCAUCUGUCCCCUGUCUGCUGAAAAUCACAGUGAAUAUCAAUAAAUAGUCGAGAUAAAAGUGUUGCACUGGACUUUGUACCCAUUAAGGCCACAUUUGAUGAACUGUUUAUAUAUCAGUCCCCUUAUUGAAUCUCUGUACAGAUCAAUAUAUUUAAACUGCGAUCAGAACAGUUUGUUAUUCUUCCCAAAGUACACAAGGCUGCAAAGUUUCGUACUUCUUAGUCUGAAACAAAUUUUAACCUAUAUCGUAAGAUUAAUGUUCUACUUCAUACUUUCUGUAUAUAUUUAAAAUGCUAGGGGAAAUCCUAAAUUAUUCGACGCAUCCUUACGCAAGCCGAUAACAACAAAAGAUGGUUGGGAGUUCAGCCUUCAUCGACUGUAUUCAGUUCAUCACCACUAGAUGACGCUAUAACAAAAGAGGUUUUGUAUUUUUUUAUGGAACUGAUUGAUCAAAGGCAUCAUUGUUCUGAUCUCAGUAAAAAAAACAAAAAAAACAUGAGGUGCAUAAGCUCAGCUGUAUGGUGUGCAGAGGUGGAGGAACGUUUAAUAAACUAUUUACUCUCCCCUGACCGAUACAACAAGCUGAUUCGCCCGGCAGUCAACAAGAGCCAGCAGGUCACCAUUGCAAUCCAAGUGUCCCUCGCCCAGCUCAUCAGUGUGAAUGAGAGAGAGCAGAUCAUGACCACCAACUGUUGGCUCUCUCAGGUAUGGAACGAUUACAGGUUGAUGUGGGAUCCAGACGAGUAUGAAGGGAUAAGAAAAGUGCGCCUUCCUUCCCAGCAUAUAUGGCUGCCUGACAUUGUUCUGUACAACAAUGCUGAUGGGACAUAUGAAGUGUCUUUCUACUCCAAUGCAGUCGUGUCAAAUAACGGUGAGGUUGCCUGGCUACCACCAGCCAUUUAUAAGAGUGCCUGUAAGAUUGAGGUCCGGGACUUCCCCUUUGACCAGCAAAACUGCACACUCAAGUUCCGCUCAUGGACUUAUGACCACACAGAAAUCGACCUCAUCUUGCUGUCGGACUUUGCCAGCCGAGAUGACUUCAAGCCAAGCGGUGAGUGGGAUAUUGUCUCAUUGCCUGGUCGCAAAAACGAAGACCCUAAUGACGCCACAUAUUUGGAUAUAACAUAUGAUUUUAUCAUCAGACGCAAACCGCUAUUCUAUACCAUUAACUUGAUCAUCCCAUGUGUUCUCAUCACUUCACUGGCCAUAUUAGUUUUUUACCUUCCGUCAGACUGUGGGGAGAAGAUGACUUUGUGUAUUUCUGUUCUUCUGGCCUUAACUGUGUUCCUCUUGCUUAUUUCCAAAAUCGUCCCACCGACCUCACUCGCUGUACCCCUCAUUGGAAAGUACUUGAUGUUCACCAUGGUCUUGGUGACAUUUUCAAUUGUUACAAGUGUGUGUGUGCUAAACGUGCACCAUCGUUCCCCGAGCACACACACUAUGCCCAAAUGGGUUAAAUACUACUUUGUGUUCCGUUUGCCUGCUUUCCUCUUCAUGCAACGACCAGGAGAGUCCAACAAAUUUGGUAGGAAGCACCAGCAGUGCUCAUCAUCUGAUCUCCCAGCAAAAAGUGAGGCGGAUGAGACUGAUUCCACCUUCUUUGUCAGUGAAGAUGCCAAGCACAUUGGUUGGAGACCUGGCGAGUUGCAGGAAAACAUAGACAUUCAUAAGCGAAUGGCGGUAAAGUGCUCUGCAGAAAUACAGGAGGCUGUGAAGGGGGUCAGAUAUAUUGCUGACAAGUUGAAAAAUGAGGAUGAUGAUGAAGGGAUCAUCGAGGACUGGAAAUAUGUGGCUAUGGUGAUCGACCGUCUGUUUCUGUGGAUCUUUGUUUUAGUGUGUGUUGUAGGAACCGUCGGCCUCUUUAUGCAGCCACUUUUCAAGAGCUAUAACACUCCUGCCACUGAUGAUUUGUAGAUUACAUAAAGUCAGACCAACUUCCCAUCCCACAUGGCUGUUUAUUUUCAGUGCACAACCUACUCUUAUCAUGGACUUGACAUGACAACCUUCUUUUUCCAAUAAAUAUUGUAGCAAAAAAUCCAACAAUGGACUUUAAACCUGAAACAUUUCAUAAACGUUUAGCUCUGUGCAUCAUUCAAUGCACAAUGGCACAAAAGUCUUAGAUGCUGUUGAAUCAGAGAACAAUAUUGUACCCCCACCCCACGACUUGAUUUGUCAAAACUGAGUGUUUUUCUUAAGCAUAUUCCAAUUUUAUGAAAUUUCCAAAUGCUUGUGUGCAGGAUGCAUUCAAAUCUGCACAAUUCUGAGAAAAAAAAAACGAAAUACUUGUUUACAUCAGAGAAACUCAUAAUAGACUUGAAACAUGUUUAAGGUGCUUUGACACAUCAGGACAACAGUAUGUACUGUUUCUUUAAAAACAUCAAUCAAGCUCAAUAGCAAUAUGGGUAAUUAUGUUAAUUCAGUUUAUAAGCUGUUUACUGGAAUAUAGAUCUUUUACCUUAACAUACUAUACACACAUGUGCAUGCACUGUUAUUUAUUAAACAUUUUCACUUUUUCCCCCGUUAUAAAGUGAGCAUUUUGAUUGACAUUUACAGAUUUUUGGACGUGCUGUCGUUGGAAUGAUCGAUGAGUGCUUAAUAUGUCAUUAUUAUCAUAAUGUUAUUUUAUUAUUUAACAUGAUUAUGUGAUGUAUUAAGAAUAAAUUAAAACCAUACAAAAUA